CACACGAAUGAAAACAAAUUGAUUUCAAUACAUGGUUUUCAGAAUAAAUGAAGAACCGAGGCAUGAGGCAGUGCAUUUGCCAAAUAUGCGUCUGCGGCCGACACCGAUGUGAACAUAAGGCAAGGCGUGUUCCUUUUGCUAGAGAUCCAGAUGGCAAAAUUCCUAUCACUGAGAGUAAAGAGAGGUACAGACAUUUUGGAUAUCAGCCUCGAGUGCAGCCAUUGAAGCCACCCUGGAGAAGCGAAAUGGAAAGGAGACGAGCCAACUGUGAAAGUUUCUACCACCAAAAGGGAUUAUAUACCUUUCCCCAUUCAACGUCGUCCCCUCAUGCGCCCAAAGAUCAUCAAGGAGGCAAAAGGGAAGAUGGUUUGUUCCACUACCUAUAAACACGAUUAUGGGGUAAAGAAAGCUGUGCCAACAAGUAAGAUAAAAGGCGUUGAAAGCAGAAAGGAUGGAACAAUGCCAGGUACCUUACCCGGAAAGAUAGAAGGCGUGACUACAUAUGGCAGAAGCUAUACCCCGAAACCCACACAGAGAAGACAACCUGUAACUGGUAAAGAAUGUACGCUAACCAAGCUUGGACAAGAGUUUAGAGGCGAAACUGAAACUGCUUUGUGUUACAAGGCCCCACCGCACCUCAAACGGGACAAGAUAUUACCCAAAAAAGGCGAAUUAAAGUUCGGCGGAGAAUUCAGAGGCGAAACGACGCACAAAACAGACUACACUCCAAAAUAUCAGCUACCUGUUAAACCAUUCAAGAAAACACCAAAAUGGCAGCCUGGUACUGGAAAAUUCGAAAGCGAAACUACUCAUGCGCAUGAUUACAAGUAUCCUCUUCAUGCAGAGAAACCUAUCAAGAUCACACCGAAACCCGCAGAACAAAGAUUUGAAGGAGAUUUUCAGGGAGUCUCACACUAUAAAGUAGACUAUCCAGCCCACCAUGUCGUUCCUCGGAAAAUACCAGAGUGGCAUCCAUUAUUUCGCUCUUAUAAACUGUCGGAUAAACCGUUCAUAGGAAAAACAACUUACAGGACAGAUUACGAACCACCUCCCGAAGACAUACCUGUUCAAAGAACUUCCCGUGCACAAAGAGGCAAUCUCACUCUUCCCACUGGUCCCAUGGAAAAAAUGACCACUGCUAUGAGAGACUAUCAAAAGGUUGAUUGCCCUAUCCCAACAAAAUCUUUCAAACCAGUAAUACAAUACGAAAAGCCAAAGGAGAAAUUCGCUGAUUGCUCAAUCACCAAAGCCGAUUAUACUCCCAAGAUAGGAGAAAAAACGAAAACUUCUAAAGUUGCCGAUAAUUUGAAAGUUGAAGGUGGACCUAUGGAUGAUCUCAGCAUGACAAUGAAAGACUUUCAGUGGCUUGCUUUGGAAUGUCCAGCCACUUAUAUCAAGCUUUACGGAAAAGAAGCUUUGCCAGACUAUGUCUUUGACAAAACUGAAGGUGGACACGACUACUUCAAGAAACUAAAAAAAGCGAAACCACCCAAAAGUAGCAUAUAGUGGUUCAUCACUCAAAAUAUAGUAAUUAAUCUUUCUUGAAUUAAGGUUUCUUUUUAAAUAUAUUAUAUUUUUAUACAAUUGGCAUAAAAUAUGAGAAAAAUAUGAGUAAAAUGCAAGUUUAUUAUAAUUAGGAAAUAGUAUUUUACUGAACAACUGGAGCUGGCAGAAAGCGUUUGCUUGUGAGAAAACAUGAAAUAACCAGUAUUCAAACAAUUCAAUAUUAUUAGAAUAGCAUUUAUACAAAGAAUUUGUACAUUUUUAGAAUGAUUUCGGGGCCGUUUAAUUAAUGUUUAAAAUGUAAAAAAUAUUUUCUGUGUUCUAUCGGAUAGCUUAUUUUUCUGGUCUGCAUCGUGUUUUCCAUGAUAUAUGGGCUUUUCAUUAAAGUUUCAGGGAUAUUAUUUCCAUUCUUCUUCUACUACUUUUCAGAACCCAUCAAUCGUGGUGGUUUGCUCUAAGAAAAAACUCUUUCCGGAAUUCCUGCAUAGAUGAAAUGUCAGGGGGACUUCGCAGGAAUAAACUGAAAAGGUGCAAAUGCAAUACCUGUAUCAGUCUUUACUUUUUCAAGGAAUGCAGCGGUACUUUUCGAAGUAUGACUUUAUUGCUUUGUGUUAAUGAAGUUUCAAUCUCUGAAAGUCACUGGGAUAAAGAAAUGGAAUUUUUUAUGUAAAUAUUGAACAUAAAACUUUCUCUUCAGAGUAUGUUGAAUUGAUUUUAACAUUUUCCCAUGACGUUAGUCUUAAUUUCUCACUGCAAGAUAAUCCUACGACAAUCAUAAACUUCUUACUGAAACUUUCUUUGCAUUGAGGGAACCAGGCUUGUACAUUUAUUUUUCCUCUUCGUUUUUUAUAAUAAAAAGACCUUCUCUUCGCUGCAGUCAUCUAAGUAAACCCAAGCUUCAUCAAGGAUCGCGAUUUAUUUCCUUUUAUCUCCAGCUAAAGUUUUCAUACAGGGUUCUACAAACUGUUCUGACUUGAGCCACAUGCCUUGACAAAAACUGGUGAAACUUAUUCCUUUUUUACAUUUUUAAGUGAUAAAUUUCGAUUUAUUUUAUUUAUUGUUGCUAUAUAUGUAUUUAAAGACUGCAACUGAUUUCUGCUUCUGCGGAAUUAUCUCUGGCCAUUAACGAUUUAACUUCAGAAAUAUUAAAAACAAUACACAUCUUUUCCGGGCAUUCGUUUUGAGUCUUCUUUCCUUGCAGAAGUAAUGACUGACGGUUUUUCCCUUUCCGAUUAAUAUUGUUGCUUAUUUUUUCCUUAGA